ACACAAUGUCGUCUCUUUCGGGAGCUACAGGACCAUAGGAUAGUCCGAUUGUCAAUUUCUCCCGUUCUGGAUGAGCCAGAUGUCUGCCUCCUUUAUGAUGAAUCACAAUACAGAAAUCAACUAUGCCCGGUUUAUGCCAAAUCAUACUACGGCAUAAAGCCUCCCGAAGCGUAUCUUCGCCUGAGACCCAAGCCAAGAAAUAUGAUGCAAUGUUUCUGUAUGCAUUUCAGGUCUACCCAUCGGCUUAGUACAGCCCAGUACAUCAGCGGUGUAGAGCGAGCCGAAGAAGAGGAGCAGUUCAAGAUCAAUUGGACCAAGCAGAUCCAGAAUCGAACCAUGGCGCUUUCAGGCUGGGCUUGGCGCCAUGCCAACAAAAUUAACUCAUAUAUCUUAGGUGUGAAUAUACUUCAAAACUAG